UUGUUAAAUAUUAUAGGAGGAAUUUUAAAGGCUUUAGUCCGUUUAUUUGAAGUUAAACUGAUGUAAACUUUACAGAAAACCAUUUCAGGAUUCCAAGGAUCCCUAGCUAAAACAAAGUUUUUUUGACAGUGAGGCGGUAAACGUUUUUCGAGGGUAGAAAAAGGAAUAGCUCUCAUCGGAUACUUUUGUCAACAAACGCUUACCAGAAAAAUACUUAUUGAUACUUUAAGAACUAUGAUUCAAUUUUUAAUACCCAAUUGGCAAUUCUAAUGGCUGGAAUUUCAUCGAGAUCAAUCGGCGUAGAUACCCAUAAUCCCAGAGACGAUUUCCGUUCACUCCCUUUCCAUUUGCUCCACGAUAUUCAGAACAAGAUUCCCUCUAUUUCAUUUGUGUCGGAGCUCAGCAGUGUCGGAAAACACCAUUGCCACCUAGCCAACGGAAGUUUCUGGGGAAUUUGGGCAAGUGCCGAUCAUGGCCUCAUCCACGACAGGCUCGAUUGAUGUCCAGCCUGAAGAAUGGCAGCGCCAUUCCAAUAGAGUUCCUCAUCCCAGAGUAAUACCCAAAUGUUAUCACACUGAAAGCACUGCACUGCAGAGACUGGCAACAUUCUCGGACAUUGAUGAUCACAGCAUCAUUGCCAAGAUUUCUUCAACUCGACUAGCCGGAAGUGGCUGUGUCUACAACAGUGAGGAAGAAUAUAUAGAAUGCACGUAUGGAGGAAAAAUUACAAAAAUUAAUGACAGUCCCACUAUGAAGACUUUGUAUGACUUGAAGCACUAUCACCAUCCAUUAUGUGGUGCUUUGACAGCGUACAUUUCCAAACAGGAACGAGAAAUUAGUCAGGGAAUCGCCAUUAAUCUGCGUAUCCUAAAGAGAUCUCGUAGCCAGCGCAUUGGUGGUACUCAUGGUUUCGACAGUCUCAUCCACGUGUAUGGCAUCACUCCAAGGGGAGGUGACUUUGAUGUGGUGCUUGAUUACAUGUAAACUUUCAGCUGUAUUUUGAAUACCAGUAAAACAACUGUGAUUCAAAUUUAUUUCAAUAUAAUAUUUGCUGUUGAAACGAAUUUCUGUGUAAAUUUGAAUACAUCCUGAUUACUGAUGUAUGUUCUUGAAAAAACAAGGUCAUUGAAGUGUAAAUAAUAUUUAACAUCGUGUAAUGUGUAUCCUUUGAAUUUGAUUAUGGCAGAUUAUAGACUGGUACAUGUAAAUGUAAUCUGUUAGAAGAAUGCUCCUAUUCCUCCUAUUAUUGUUUUAUCACUCCCGAACAAUUUUUUUUGUUCAUAAAUUUUAUGAAAUUUGAAGACGAGUCUGAUUUGCUAAUUUUCCUCUGAGAUUCAAAGUGAUUCUAAAAAUGUAGAGUUCUUUGUUUUAAAAAUCCAACCAACUCUAAUGGGUUUGUGUUUAUUGUUAUCCAAUUACAAUGCUUUAUAAUCUGAAGAAAUGAUUUAAUCAAAUUUGGCGAAAAUUAUCCAUAAGUAAACCGUUCGGCUCUGAUAGGCAUUCUAUAUACUGUAAAUUAUUGUAACAUGCGAAUUUCAUUUCAUAUUAUGAUGAACUUAAGAUUUUGUAAAUGAUUUUGCUGUAUGUAUUUUUUUCUUUUGAAUUAAGCGCUAAUUCGGGUUGGUAUUUAACAGUUUAACCAUUUGUUUAAAUGUUCUGGUUGUUUGAUCAUUUAUCUAAAUUAUUAAAUGACCAUUCCAAUUUUGCUUUUUCAAACAGAGAACCGCCAUAUCAGGUAUCCUUUCAAACAUUUUUUUUUAUACAAACGGAUCUUGUAUUUUUACCUUCAAUGAAGGGAGGUUUACAUAAGGAAACUUGAUACUGAGAAUAAAAACAUUUUUGUACAUUAGUUCAAAUGAUAAAUGCAUAAAUGAUGCGGUUAAUGUAAUUUUGUAGUAUAAUAUGCAUUCACUUGUAUUAAAUUAAAACGUUAAUACUCAAAAUUUGAAAAUAUACUCUUAAGUGUGAAAGAAAAAGUCAAAUAUUGUAUAUGAUAGAUUGCCUUUACAUAUGACAUCUAAGAACAUGGUUUACCUAAUUUAAAAACUUUGUAUAAUUUUGUACAAUAUAAUAAAUACUGCAUGAG